CGGUCAAGGUGUUCCAUUAGUAUGGUUAUUAACAGAAUCUCAAGACUCUGAAACAAUCAAGCUAUGGCUUUGUGCUUUGAAAGAGGAUGGUUGGAUUGAUCUGGUAAAUGUAAUCUUGGAUAAUGAUAAUGCAGAAAUUAGUGCAAUUUGUGAUAUUUUUACUACGUCAAAUAUUUUUUUAUAUUGGUGGCAUGUCAAACGCGCAUGGCGUAGGUGGAUUAAUAAACAAAUAUCAGGAAAAGAGCACAAUAAUUUGUUUCAAGAUAUAAAUCAACUACUUAGUAUUUCUGAUGAAAGUGAGGUGAAUAAUACUCUUAUUAAAUUUGAGCAAAAAUGGCAACAUACAGCUGCGGUACAAUAUUUUAAUGCUCAAUAUCGACAAAAAAAAG